AUGCUAGGCCAACUGUUUGGCUUUGCCAUGCUGCUCGCGGCGACUGCAGUGUUCCUCUACUAUACGGCAUGGACUCUACUGAUGCCAUUUGUUGACCAAGGCCACCCCCUCCACGACCUCUUCCCACCGCGCGUCUGGGCGAUUCGCAUCCCAGUGAUCCUCACAUUACUUGGAUCCACCGUCGUUGGCACAUUCCUUGGACUCGUCAUGAUUCGCAGUAACCGGAAAAAGGCAGCCAAGGCCAAGGCGGCUGCUCUCAAGAAGAAGAGUUGA